AUGGCCGUCACAGACUCGGGGAUUAUGGCGUCUCCGCACGGCGCAACUGACGCCGCCGCGUCCCCUAGUGAGGGGGCGCGUCCUCGUACGCCAGAAAUGGCCGACGUCAAGACCGUCAACCGGGAGGGCAGCUACUCCUCGACUGCCGAUGCUCCACUUCCGUAUGAAGAGGCGCCUCCACUGCCUGAUGAGCCCGUCCCGGACGCCCACGACGACGGUUGGACCCACCGGUUAGACCCCACCAGUGGCUGCUAUUACUACGUCAACUCCAGGACAGGUGUCAGCCAGUGGGAGAACCCGCGUGUCCCGGAAGCUACCGUCUACCCCCAUGCAGCCGCCUACACCAACUACCAAGGCUCAAACUAUAGCUCAACUUCCCAGGGCAGCGCCGCUCCAGGAAUGGCGUCAAGCUCUGGCGGGCUAGGUACCGGCUCUCCUGCUGCCCCUGUCUGUGGUGGCUAUAACCCUCGCAUCCAUGGCAGCUACGACCCCAACGCAGACUACGCCAUCAGAGCCGCCAAAGAGGAAGAGGAAGCCGAGGUUGCUGCCAACCCAGCUCUUGCCGUUGCUAGUGCCAGUGCCAGCGCCAGUGCCAGUGCCAGUGCCAAUACCAGCGACUACGCCACUACAGCCGCCUUCAACCGUUUCAAUGGCAAGCUCCAACAACCAGGCCAAGGUCCGGAGAUGCACAACGACGAGAACAAGUCGCGCCGCCAGCUGGCUGCCUACUACAACAUCGAUGCCGCUGACAAAGAGCACGAUGGCCGUAGUCUCAAGGCCGAGCGUCGUGCUAAGCCCCCCAACAAGGCCCAAGUGAAGCAGUACCAGAAACAGCGCAAAGAGAAGAAGGAGGCCAAGCGCAAGGCGUGGCUGCUCAACUGA